UGGGUAGUAGCUUGAAAUCUGUAGUGGGCGUUGACACCGAACUGGUGCCUACAGUGUUUUUGCAAACAAGAAAUAAAAUAAGAGCUAAAGUUUUGCGUCGCAUAAGCUGCGAGACACAGUCAGUAGGCUUCGCGCCAGCGCAAAAAGCGAACGUGAGCGCGUUUAAAUUGUAGUGUGCGUCACUAAAGUGUAGCUGCAGCGAUCGAGAAACGAACACACCGACAUACAGGAAUGGAAGUGGCGGGUAACUGGCGCCGAGAGUGGGCAGGCUCGGCGGAAUACGGGAAGGUGACCGAAGGGGGCGUGACGCGCAACGUCGCCCGCGCCAUGGAAGUGCUGCACGCCAGCGCGCCGGGCGCGCGCGUGCGCGUCAUGCGCGCGGCCUACCACUCCUCCGCCGGCCCGGGCGCACCCGCCUCCUCCUACUUGAUGCACUCCUCCAGACAGGUCUUAUCAUCCGGAUAUAAUUUUUUGGAACCGACCCCGUCACCAUCGAAACCCUUGGAAAUAUCCUCAACUCCAUUGGAGUCGUCGCCUGAAAGCGAGGUGGGGAGAGGAAACUACAAGGUGACGGAACCGGACGAUUAUGACAUCUCUGAACCGUCCAAAUGGAGAGGUUCAACCGGAAAAAAUUCAAUUCGAAUGCCUAGUGAAGAAUCAUCGUCAGCAGAUAAUGCCAGUAUUAUUGAUCUCGACUCGAGAACGAACAGUAUGUUUAAAAGAACUUUCCAAACUAAACAAAGUGAUGAUAAAAGUAGAACCCAUAUUAUAAACACCAGGGUUUCCCCGUUAUUAGACGCGCCAGUUUCAUUGAGUACUCUUAAAUACACAUCUAUUCUAAAUAGUAGUGAUGAAUGGAAUAAUAGAAGAAAAAGCUACAGUUUUGAAGAUACAUCGCCCCUCGAUCAAAAUGCAUUGCCUCAAAAUAACUCUUACACAAUAGACUCAUCUACGGAUAGCGGUAUAUGCAAAUCAUCAGAAAUUGUUAACGAUUCAUUAAAUAGUCCUACCAAAAUGAAACACUUCAUAAGUACUGAAAGAAAUCUUCCAGACGAGUCGUUUAAACAGUGGCUAUCAAGAAAUAGAUCUAAUUCAUAUAGAGACACCAGCAUGACUCCACCACGAAGUUACCUUACGACUGAAACUCCACCUACUGAGGGUAAAAUUACUUUACAAUCUUCUGGAAAAGUAUCAAUAACUUUGCCAUUUGAAACUCAAAAGAGCGCAAAAACUGAAAGGUCGGUUUUAAUUGACGACAGUGACCGUAAAACGAAAAAAGUAGAGUUUUGUAAAACGGAACUGCACUUUGCUGUAGACACUGGAACAGUUAAUAUAAUAGCUACCGAUGAAAAACCACCACCUUCAAAUGACUUUAGAAGGAGACGCAGUGCUUUUGUGCCGUUAAACAAUAAAGUCGAUAGAUCAAUAACUCUUUUCGGUGAAAAAUCGGAAUUUUCAGAAAUUGGCAAUGAUCAAGGCAUUUUGAAUAAUGAAUGUGGGGAGUCCGAUGAGAAUACGGCAGCUACAAAAAGUAUUCUCAAAAAUAAAAUUCCGAAACCCAAGCCAUAUCUUCUUGGAGAGAACAUGGUAUUUGGGAGUUCAAGUGUCGUUACUAACAGUCUAGACUUAAAUAGAAGCCAGACAAGGACAAGUGCAGUUUCUCUUAUAAAUAGUCAAUUGCAAUCAGAGAGACGAUACAGUAAUGAAACUAUUUCUAGCGGUUUGAGUGAUAUAGAUUCAACCUCUGUAUCGACCAGUACAUAUAGGACGGGAAGUACAGGUCCACAAGAACGUUUUAGCAACCACGUAAAGACAUCAAAUAAGGGUCCUAUGGAGAUUAUAGAUACAAAAUCACUUAACAAAAAAACAGGAGUUUUACCUGAACUAAGUAAAGCUAAAGUAAGAGAACUUCGAGGAAGAGAUUUAGCAUACUUUGGAAUUGAAAAGGACGAAAGUUCUAAAUUUAUUCAGAGUCACGAUAAUUUACAAGAAGAAAUAUUUCAUUCUGUUAAGUUAGUGCAACAAGUGUCUAAUAGCGUUUGUAAUAGUGAAGCGGAGUCCGAUGAUGCCCCUGAGUAUCAAAAUUUAACCACUAAGUUUAAUUUUAAUAAAGUUCCUACUCCAAGUCCACGAACGAAAUUCGACAAAGAAACGAAACAAUUAAGCGAACUAAGAAUUUUAAAACCAAUCAGCGAGCAAGACGCUGAACAUACAGUUCUCUCUGGAUUAAGAAAUAAUAGUUUAAAAAGACAUAAAGAUUCUUUAAAACAAUUGCAUCAAACUCCUUUGGUAUCAAGCAAAACUACCAAAGAAAAACAAUACAGGCAAAAAGAUACGAAAGACAGCAUACGAAAUAGUUUUACUUCAUCUGGAAAACCUGGAAACAAUGUGUCUAAAAGUAUAAAAAGUAACAAAGAAAAUCAAACUUCUAACUUCACGCGAGAUACAGCGUCACGAGAAACAGAGACGCCUCUGUAUGUAAAUGUUAACUUUAGAAGGUCAGAAAGGAAAGAAAAACACGGCCCAUUUUUGGAAGAUUCAAGUCUUAAAGAAGUUCGGUUGCGAAGUUCAAUAAAUAAGGAUCUAAAAACAAAAUAUAAACAAGACACAGCCAGACCAAAAAGCACUUCCCCAGUAAAAAAAGAGAGCGACACAAAUAGACCUAAAGAAAAUAUUCGUUAUGAAAAUAAGGAUAAAAAGCAUGAUAUACAACAAGAAAGUCACCAACAUUUACCAAAAAAGCAUACACCAAGACGGACUGAAAAACUAAUAACACCAGACAUAAUAAUGCCUGAAAAUAUCUCUGAGCAAACUUCUAAGGAUUCCAAAAGAAUUUCAACAAGUAGUAAUAAUAGUACACAUAAUAAAUUACAGAGAAACGAAUCAUUAAAAAGAACUAAGGCCCAAAACUCGACAAGAGUAAGUUUGGAAGAUGAAAAUGUGCAAAAAAAUAAAGUUAAUAAACAUCAUAAAGAAAAAGGCAAUAUAAAAUCUACAGUAAAAAGUUUCAACAAUCACUCAACAAUUACAUCAAAUGAAAACAAAUCUCCAUCGAAGUCUAGCAGAAAUACAGAAUUACAAAAAGUAGACAAGACAUUCGACACAAAACUCGACAAGUCUACAAAGUCCCAACGCAACAAAUACGUAAUAAACUAUGAUGACAAAAAUGGAACAGUUUCAUCUAUUUGCAAAAUAAAGAAGGGGCCUGGUACAUAUAAAAGAAAGGUGACAAUUGAAAAUAAAAUUCCUGAAGAAUCCAAUACGAAAGAGAAAAGUUUAAACAAAAUUGCCUUACUCCAGCUACGUGAACAAUAUUGGAAUACUUUCAAUCAGGAUUCGAAAAAUAGGAAACGGAAGUCAAACGCACAUGUACAAAGAUCUUGCCAGCUACUAUAGCUAAGAGCAUUACUUGUUUAUGUUAAGGUGAUAAACUGAAGAUUUUGAAAUAUAUGAUAAUAGGGUAGUUUGAAGUAGAUACCUUUUGUAAUAAGCUUAUGUCGUUAAUUAAUUAAUAUUUUAUUGAUCUCACAAAUCACAUUCAACUAUUUGAAAUAAUGUAAUACUUUGCUGGUUAACACUGCUAUUUAGUAACGUAUUAAUAAAUUAAAUUUAAUAUAAA